AUGGCGUCGCCGCGGCGACGCGGAGGGCGCCUCGCCGCCGUCCUCCUCCUCCUCCUCCUCGCGCUCGUCGCGACGUCGCCGCGCGGCGUCGCCGCGGAGGACGCGCGGCGUCGUCAUCAACAUCACGCGUACGAGUCCACGGCCGCGCACUGCGCGGCCGCGGGGAUCGAAGAGGAGUGCGCGGCCGCGGACGCGUACGGCGACGCCGCCGCGGCGCUCGCCGCGCACGCGGCCGCGAUGGCGGCGGCGGAGACGACGACGACGACGACGAUCGGAGACGCGGAAGCGGCGGACGCGGCGUCGUCGUCGUCGGCCCCGACGCCGCGCGCGGCGCGCGUCGGCCCCGUCGCUCGACGCCUCGUCGCGCUCCCAGAUCUCCACGGCGACCUCGACCUCGCGCGUCGCUCGCUCAUCCUCGCGCGCGUCAUCAACACGACGUCGAUCGAGGAGACGUCCGUGGACGACGACGCGUGGAGCGGCGGCGAGACGAUCCUCGUGCAGACGGGCGACGUCCUGGACCGCGGCGACGCGUCCGUGGCGUUGAUGCGACUCCUCGAUAAGGUGCGUUCUAGUAUCACACUGGUCCCCAUACGACCCCGUCGGCGUGGUGAACGCCGAUCCUUAAGGACUUUCUCUCCCGGCGCAUCUCUCCGCCCAUCAGGGUCCCUCGCUGGUUUCGAUCCCCGCCCUCGACGCCUUUCAACUCCGCUUCUGACGCCUUUGAACUCCACCGUGGCGUCGACGCGACUCCUCAAUAAGCUCGCGCGCGCGGCGAAAGACGCGGGGGGUGAAGUCGUUGGCCUCCUCGGCAACCACGAGCUCAUGACGCUUCAGGGCGACCUGCGGUACGUCUCCAAGCGCGAGCUCGUGAAGCUCGGGAAGGCGGCGCUCGAGAGGCGCGCGCAGCAGACGGGAUCCGCGGGCGCGCGCGACGGCGACGCGGCGACGCAGACGGAGGAAGGCCGGCGGCGAUGGCGCGAUCUCUUCCGCGCGGGCGCCGACCUCGGCGAGACGCUGCGCUUCGAUCGGUCCAUGCUGCACGUCGCCGGCGAGGGGAGGUGCCGGUCGCUCUUCUCGCACGCGGGCAUCCGCGCGCACCACCUCGCGGCGCAUCGCGACAUCGUCGAGGGCGUCAACGGCGCGCUGCGGGCGGCGAGCGCGGGGGACGGCGGCGACGCGAAGUUUCGACGGCACGCGUGGCGGCAUCUCUUCGGGCGCGUCCACGUUUAUGUUUACACUGGUCCCCAUACGACCGCGCACGCGUUCGGCGACGGCCCGCUCUGGAACCGGUUCUGGAGCACGCCGCGCGAGAGCGCGGAGGAGGAGCGCGCGGUGUGCGACGAGCUCGGCGCGGUGCUGGCUAAAGUGGGCGCGCGGCGGAUGGUGAUCGGGCACACGAUACAGGAGAGAGGGAUGGCGACUAGGUGCGGCGGCGGGUUGCAUCUCAUCGACGUCGGCGUGUCCGGGAAGUACUUGGGUCGACCCGCGGCGUGGGCGUGCGAGGAAGGGGUGGUGACGGCGACGUACGAGGACCGCGUCGAGGUCCUGGACGACGGCGUGGAGGAGGAGGAGGAGGGGAGUAGCGAGUAG